GAUUUAUUUAUUUAAGAUCACACCACUCGCACAACAACAAUAGAGUAACAAAAUAAAAGAAAACUUAAAACGGCACCAACUGAUUUCAUUAUUGUUUCAUUUGGAGUGAGAGCGCUCUCGUGUUUUUUUGUUUUGUGUUUAUUUGCCAUAUAAUUUAGUGAUUGCGCAAUUUGGAGUGCCUCUUUGGCCUCAGUGCCUCAGUUCUUGUGUGAGUGCGAGCGAGAAGAGUGUGCUGUGCUGUGUUGUUGUGUUGGUGUUGGUGUGCGCGUGCGGUGUGAGUGUGCAUAAACAACAACAAAUAAAGAACGGGUAAAACUACGGAAUUGAUUAGUACGAGUGGAAGUUUUUGAUGGGCAACUCGCAAACAAGGCAUGACAACAGAAGGACAUCGCAAAGCACUCGUGAAGCAGCGGCUCAGCGCCAUGAACUAAUCGAAACAGAAGCACCCACAACUGCAACUGCAACUGCAUCCACGACAAGACCACAGCAGCAGCAGCAGCAGCAACCAGAACAGCCACAGAGACGAAAACAGUCGCUACCUUUGACAACCUUUGGCUGUGGCGGCAGCAGUAGAAAAUCCCUACACAGACCUCCUCCUGCCCAUCCGGAGCCCCAGGCCGUGUCCGUGUCCGAGCCCGUGCCCGUGGCAAGCAACAGCAUCGGCGUCGUCGUCACAGCUGAGCCAGAAUCACAACCAGCAGCUGCUGCUGCAUCGACUUUGGUAGGAUUGCAGCAGCCGCAGCCGCAGCAGCAACCACGCUUGCAGCAGCAGCUUUCCACCUGGAGCCUAGGCAGUCUUAGCGGCGGACGCCUUAAUUGGAGCUUUUCGGCUGCUCGCAAUUCCUUUCGGCAUCGGAAUAAGGCCACACGCAAGAGCUCGUCAUCGCUGCAGGGCUUCCGUCGCAGAAAAACGCAAUGGCACCGUCCGCUGACGAAUUCGAUAUUUAAUUCGCAUUUCAAGGAAGCCAGCCGCAACGAUCAGUUCCAGAUUGAACAUCUCGUGGCGAAGGGAGCCUUCGGUGUGGUCUUCAAAGUGUGCAAUAGGACCGACAACAGUUCAUGCUACGCCCUCAAAGUUCUUAAAAAAUCAAAGCUGAUAGAGGACAACAGCGUGCAACAGAUAAAGGACGAGGCGGAUAUACAGAAAGUGUGCGGUCAUCACCCGUUCAUCGUGCAGCAAAUAGAUCUUUGGCAGAACCGUCACAACCUUCAUAUCCUAUCCGAAUAUAUACCGAAUGGCGAAUUGUUCUCGAAAAUUGUCCACUUCUCCGUUGACCUAGUGCGCCUAUAUAUUGGAGAGAUUGCCCUAGCAAUCGAUUUUCUGCACAACGCCGGCAUUAUCUACCGCGAUGCAAAGCCCGAGAACAUUCUGCUAACGCAACAAUUUCACAUCAAGCUGACAGACUUCGGUCUGAGCAAGUGGCUCAAACUGGGUGCAAAUACGCGCACCAUAUGUGGCACUUUCAAAUACAUGGCACCCGAAAUACUGUGCGGCGAACCCUACGGUCAUGCAGUGGACUGGUGGGCCUUGGGCGUCAUUGCCUGUCAGAUGCUAACGCAGAAGUGUCCCAACAUCAAGCAGUAUCUACUGCGCCAGCGCCGGCAGGAGAGUUUGGACGCCGACGCCGACACUGAAACGGCAGAUGGCCUGUCCAAUGCCCCAUCCUUUGCGCAGAUCAAUGGCUGCCUGCAGGACAGGAGGAACAGCGACAGCAGCGGCGGCAGCAGCAGCAGCGACACCGAAGAGUUCCUGCCCGCCGCGGUACGCCAGCUGGGCCAUGAGGGCCAGGAUGUGCUGCGCAAGCUGCUCGCCAUAGAUCCGCGCCAGCGCAUACGCAGUGUGAUGGCACUGCAAAGGAUCGCCAUGUACAAGGGCUACAAACUCACCUCGAAGCAGCUGCUGAGCCUCUCGCCCCUGGACAUUAUCGCCAGGGACGGCAUUCGCGUCUACGAAGACAGCCAGUUUGAUCCAGUGGCCAGCCAGUUGGCGAUCAAAGCAUUCCAGGACUUCUGAGAUACGAUUUAUACGCGCUCCAGCUUCAGCUGCAGCUCCAGCCAUAUUUACAAAAUUCGAAACACGAAACACGAAACC